AGCCACUGAAUGUCCUUCAUACUGCCGCGGACUUGACGCUCGGUGGCCGCUGCUCGGAGAUUGUUUUACUCUCCGCGUUGCUGCAUUUAAUCACUGCAUCUUUGCAGUUCUCCGAGGCCUGGAACAGUUCCCUUGGAUCUGUCCGGAGGUUAUGGUCUGCACUGGCGAGCGACGCGGUGGUUCUGUGUCUGGACGGGGGGACCUGAACAUCCGGGCCCACAGAGGGAGCAGCCCCUGAGCUGACCCAGAAAGCAGCGCCGACGGCCGGGGGCUGGCUGUCCACACGCAGGACGGUUAGCAUCCGGUUGCUGCUGCGGAACCCGGAGAGAUACUCGGGCCUUUGACUGCUGUGAGAAUAUUUUUCGGAGGAUUUUUAGUGUUAUUCUAUAAUUUCUGUGGAGCUUGGAGGACUAGCGAGGAGCUAGCUCCUAGCUAGCUGUCGCCGUUAGCGCAUCUGUCCUAAGCCGACAGAGGGAUCGGGGGCUCCCAGCCGUGCCCUGGUGCUUGGUUAACGGACCUCUGGGAACUAUGGCUGCUAAUCUAAUCAAGGAGAUUGUUAGUAGGAACAAGCGGCGGUAUCAGGAGGAUGGGUUUGAUCUGGACCUCACUUAUAUCUAUCCCAACAUCAUUGCCAUGGGUUUUCCCGCUGAGCGACUUGAAGGCGUCUACAGGAACAAUAUCGAUGAUGUUGUUCGGUUCUUGGAUUCCAAGCACAAGAAUCACUAUAAGAUCUAUAACUUAUGUGCAGAGCGACACUAUGACACUUCAAAGUUCAGCUGUAGAGUGGCUCAGUAUCCAUUCGAAGACCAUAACCCGCCCCAGCUGGAGCUAAUCAAGCCAUUCUGUGAGGACUUGGAUCAGUGGCUUAGUGAAGAUGAGCAUCAUGUGGCUGCCAUCCACUGCAAGGCAGGAAAGGGCCGCACUGGAGUCAUGAUCUGUGCCUACUUGCUGCACCGAGGAAAGUUCCAGGAAGCUCAGGAGGCCCUAGAUUUCUAUGGAGAGGUCCGGACAAGAGACAAGAAGGGUGUGACCAUUCCCAGCCAGCGACGCUACGUCAUCUACUACAACUUCCUGCUCAGGAACCGGCUGCACUACAAACCUGUGGCACUGCUCUUCCACAAAAUGUUGUUCGAAACCAUCCCCAUGUUCACGGCUGGUACAUGCAACCCUCACUUCGUGGUCUACCAGCUAAAAGUGAAGAUCCACACCUACAACCCUGCUUAUACUCGCAGGGAGGACAAACUGAUGUUGUUUGAGUUCCCUCAGCCACUACCUGUCUGCGGAGACAUCAAGGUGGAGUUCUUUCACAAGCAAAACAAGAUGAUGAAGAAGGAAAAGAUGUUCCAUUUUUGGAUCAACACAUUCUUCAUCCCAGGGCCAGAGGAGUCCUCAGACAGACUGGAGAAUGGUAGCUUCCCAACACUUCGAGAUCUUUCUGACAGAAUGUUUCAGAAUCCAGAAUUGAUGAUGGGUAGUGAAACCAGCGACAGAGACUUUUUGGUUCUGACACUUGACAAGAAUGAGUUGGAUAAAGCCAAUAAGGAUAAAGCCAACAAGAACUUCUCCCCAAACUUUAAGGUCAAACUGUUUUUCACAAAGACUGUGGAGGAAGGAGCCAACUGUGACACAUGCAGUAUGUCGACCUCAGUGACACCAGAUGUCAGUGACAACGAGCCGGAUCACUAUCGCUAUUCGGACACUACAGACUCAGACCCUGAGAACGAACCAUUCGAAGAUGAUCUCCAUAGUCAGAUCACAAAAGUCUGACACACACACAGACAUGCACAUAUUCAGUGUAAACGUGUACAUAAAUACACAAGGCCAGGAACACUGGAUGGAGACCAGUAUUCAACCAGACGUCUGGGCCAGAAUUGAUCUGUGGACUCUGGGUUUAAAGAGCUUGGAUCAGAUAAUGACACCAAACUUAUUUUAUUUACUCGGUGCACAACCAAACAAUCAUGGUGGGGUGAGCAGUUGAAAGUGGCUGGGGCACAGAAUGGGACAGUUCAACAGAAACCGAGUAAAACUUGAAUCUCACAAAGUCAGAGGUUUUCUUCAUUGAGAUGAACCUAACCUUUCCUAGAAUCUUUUAUUUCAUCUUUCUUUCCUUCCUCCAGAAGAAUGUUUUUGUUUUGGAAACAAAAAUAUUCUAACUUUGUUUCCAUUUCUGUCCUGUCUGAGUUCCGGCUUUGGUUCUUCUCUUUAAAUUCUUGAGCACUAAAUUCUUGUCCAAAAUCAUGUCAGCUGCUUUCCUAUUGAAAUGUUUCUUUAAAUUGAUCAUAAUCCAAUCAGGAUCAGGAUCAAAAAAGAUUUAGAUGUGAACCCAGAUGCACAUCUGAAUCCAGAAGUUUUAAAAUUAGAGCCUCUGGUUGAGUUUGAUCCCAAUGCUCAAGUAGGCAGCUUGAGGAAGUUCUGUUGAAGGAUGAAAAGCAGUCCAGAUCACAGCAGGAUAUUUUAGUUUGCAGAUUUUCUGGCUAAUUGUUAACCAUUGGUUUAGAAUUUUUUUUUUUACUAGUGAGAGCAGGAAAUCUUUAAGGUUAGCUUUGGAUUCUGAUCCUAAGAUGUCCUCCUGACAUAAUGUUGUGGAUUUCCAGCUGAGCUUGAUCCAAACCUUUGUGUUGGCACAGUAUGUGUUUGUGUUUCUUAGUUCAGAAGUGUUGGAUCCCCAGGACUCUGUAAUGGUAAUAAUCUUUGAGGUUCCUUGUCUUUGUGGCGAUGUGUCGCUCACAGGGACUUUCCAGCCCUGUUAAUGAAACCUAUUCCAAAUCAACUGGCAUUUUGUCAAUCAGCUGUUGGAGUCUGUCAAAUCCCAGGUAUAGGAAAUGUAUUCUGUUUUCCUCUGGCUUCUAUCUGUCAUUUACCUAAACGGCAAACAAGCUCAUCUCGCUAACCAUCCCUGUUCCAGAUGCUUCAGCCUUGUAAAUAUUCCUGAGCAUGUUCAAUCCAGCUAGAAAAGCUCUUCUGGUUGUUUGGCAGCUUUCUGUUAGUUUCAUGAACUUAUCAUAUAAGCUACAGAGCCUUCUGGAAAUGCAAUCCAGGUUUGAGAAGAAACCUGAGGUCUUUAGAAUGACUGGUCUAAAACUCUGUAAGAAGGCUGUGCCCCACCCCCUAUUCUCCACCUCCCCCGAGUGUCACUACAGCUCAGCUGAUUUCCUUUAAGGUUUCUGGUGCUAAAACAUUUCAGAAGGUCCAAUUAUAGAGCCUCCUAAUGGGCCAGAUUUGUCAAAUCAGAAGUGCUUCUGAUGUUCAAGGUAAGGUAAUUUUAUUUAUAUAGCACAUUUUCAACAACAAGGCAUUUCAAAGUGCUUAACUUUGAUUUUUUUAUGUGUAAUGUCAAACUGGGAUCAUGUAAUCUAGACAGCAAGUUUAAAUUUCUCUGAAGCUACUUAGAGAUGUUCCAGUUUAGAGCCUGACUCUGGUCAGUUUUUUCCUCCCCUAGUUUUCCAUAUUGUUUUUCCUCUUUUGUUGCAUCAGUGCUGUAAAUGUUUGCUAUGCACAGUCUUCAGAUUGGGUCACACGGAAACUGACUGAGCUGGAGCGUAUCUGACAAUGAAGGACUCUUGAGCCUUAGUUCAGAUGUAUGGAAACUGAAGUUGUCUAAUUGGAGAUGUUUCACUGGUCAUGAAACUUGUAGAACAUUCUCUCUCAGGGUCAGAUAGUCUCCUCCAAAAGGGACAGCAAGGCAAACUGCUUUGUUUUUGUUGAACAAUGAAGACAUUUGGGUUUAAUAUCAAAACAUUUGGGUUUUACAUGUAGAUGUGUUAACAAUUCAACACGUACCGCCCUUUGUUUGAAUUCACUUGUUUUUCAAAGGAGCCAAACUAUUGGAACACGUGAUUGAAAGGUGUUCCUUGUUGACCAGGUGUUGCCUUUAACAUUGAUUGUUCAAACAUUAAAUAGCUCUGCUGGACUAGUCUACUUUUUGGCCUAUGCUUAAACCUAUUAGCUAGAUAUUUCUUGUUGAAGAGGAUAAACCAACAUGAAGACAAGAGAGCUGUCUAUGGGAGAAAAGCAAGCCAUUGUGAAGCUGAGAAAAGAAGGGAAAUCAAUCAGGCCCAUUAGCCAAACAAUGGACAUAGCAAGCACAACAACUGGAUUGUUCUGAAUAAGAAAGAAACUGAGCAACAGAUGGCAAACAAGCCAGUCAAGGAAAACAGCAGUAGCUGAUGACAGAAAUAUUGGGAGAACUGUGAAUAAAAAUCCCAAAACAUCAGUAAGUGACAUCACUGACCCCACGGUGCAGGGCGAACGUAUCACAAUCCACUGUUCAAAGAAGACUCCAAGAAAUAUAGAGACUAUACCCAAAGAUACAAACCACUUAGUAGUAAGAAUCAGAAGGCCAGAUUGCAAUUUGCAAAGUACAGAGAUGAGCCACAAAAGUUCUGGUACACAAUCUUAUGGACUGAUGAAACCAAGAUUAAUCUCUACCAAAGUGAUGGAAAGGCCAAAGUUUGGAGAAAGAAAAUAACUGCUUUGAAUUCAAAGCACAUAAGGUCAUCUGUGAAGGAUGGUGGAGGUAAUCUCAUGGCUUGGCCAUGCAUGGCUGCUUCUGGAACAGGCUCAUUAUUUUUUUAUUGAUGUGAUGAUGGUAGCAUCAGAAUUAAUUCAGAAGUGUACAGAAACAUUUGUCUGCCAAUUUUACAGGGAAAUGCAUCCAAACUGAGAGAAAUUUUAUCAUGCAGCAGGACGGUGACCCAAAACGCACAUCCAGCAAAACAAAGAACUUCAACAGAGGAAAAAAAUGGAAGGUUUUAAACUGGCCAAGUCAAUCACCUGACCUUAACCCAAAAGAGAAUGCAUUUCACCUCCUGAAAUGUUUUGGGAGAGAAACCCUCCGAAACAAACAAGAACUGAAAGAAGCUGCAGCAAAAGCCUGGAAUAGCACCACAAACAAAGAAUGCAACAGUUUGUGAUGUCAACAGGUCACAGGCUUGAGGCAGUCAUUACAAAUAAGAGUUAUACCACCAAAUAUUAAAUACUAUUCACUUUAAGUUUCUUUGUUUCUUCUGCUCACCUAAAAAUGCUGUGGUGCAACACAAAUAGUGAGAUAUUCAAAUUUACUUACCACGUCUACUUGUAAAAACCAGGAAUUAAAAGUUGACAUUCUGAACUCGUCAUGUACAUGUUUUGAUGUUACACCCAAACAUUUUAAAGCAAUUUGCCUUGCUGUUCCAAUACUUUAGGAGGGGACUGUAUAUUUUCUGUCCGGUGUUGGUAAGGGUUUGAUAUGUCGAAUGAAGGGAUAUGAAAACAGAGAACUGACAACUGGGCAAAAAUUGUUAGGUUUCUGAGGGCUGUUGAAGUAGUUUUUCCAACAGUCUUCCAAAUUUCCAACCCUAUAUCAAUGAGGAAGCGUUCCAUAUUGAUUCUUGGAGCCUUAUUUCCACUCCAAAACUAAAUCUUAAUGGGUUAGGGUUAAUAUUUUAAUAGGGGAUUUGGACUUUGUAAGGGAAACUGCCUGGCACGAGGAGUUAAGGCAGAAUUAGCUAAAUAAGAACAUUGACCAGCUGUUCAUUUUUUGACAAGCAUCAGGUGGAUGAAUUUAUGGCCUUUCCUAAAGGUGCUGAUAUCCUAAAGUAUUUUGGAACUCAUCCUCAGCCAAGAUGCUCAAAUGUUUAGAUUUGUUGAGAAGAAUUGGAACCAGUAUGGUGUUCAGUUGGAAGCAGAAUCAUCUGUCAGAACUCCCUGUAUGAACAGCGAUGAGCUCCAAGACAACACCUCUGCUUGUUCUGGAUCUUCAGCCCAUCUCAUUGGGUUUCAGAUGCUAAGCUGCAGCUCAUUCAGGAAGUUCAUAUGUCAGAGGUGGGUUGAUUCCUGCUCUGAAAAGUCGGUUCUGGACUUUUGAAAUGGGUUUUGGGUGGGCUACAUGGAUCAGAGGUAUCAACGGUCAAAUCAACUGGGUGAGUUGACUUUAUCAGACAGACCAGGAGACAGUAUCAUGUCUUCAAAGACAUGAUAUAUCACACUGCUCAUGUUUGAAUCAAAACUUGACCAUUCAGAUUCCAUUUCAAUCUCCAUUUAGCAACAAAAAGCUCACUUGGAUGUUUGUGUGAUUUUGGGUUGAAGUGGUCGUUGGUUGUCCAGUCAGCAAUUUUUGUUCAGCUGAUUAGCAAAGCGUUGUUCGUAUGUUGGUGCUUGGACCUGUACAUUUCAUGACACCAGUGUUCAGCUUUAUUGGAACAUCUGAUUCAGUGGAUAUUUUAAGUUCCAAAUAAUAAAAACCUUCAAUCACAUCUGUUCCUGUAGAAUGACUGUCAGUAACACAUUGACGAGUUCUGAGUUGUGGAACCAUCAGCUUCAAAAGAUUUUUGUAAACAUUUAAUUUUUUCAGUCAGAAGUCAAACAGCAGAGCUGCUGUGACACUUUGAGUUGUUACUAUACAAACACAUUAUUCUGACCCCUCCCCUCUUUUAUCUGCCACUGCCCAUUUUAUAAUGUAAAAAAAACAAAAAAAAAAACACUGUAAAGUAAUAAACUAUUUAUAAACACC